AACUUCUGGCGUAAAGUGGUAAAUAAGCAUCCGAUGAUAAAUAUAAGGCAAAGUUUUCAUUAAUAAUACCUUGUAAAGUUAGAGUAAGCUCAUAUGAGAAAUGGUAUGUAGGUUGAAAAAGUUUAUAGAUCUAAAGAUAAGUAAUAAUUGUCUGAUGAAACUUCAAAAAGAGUUUUGAGAAAUGUUUGAAAGUAUUAUUCCGCAGCGUCAAAAUGGCUUCCAUGGAAUUUCUACAGAAAGCUGCACAGUAAUGCAGAUACGCUUUAUUUGAAAGUACACCAUAAAUAAUUGAUAUGGCAACUGGUGGGCAUCAUUCUUUUAAAACUGCUGCCACAGACCCAAGACCAAGGGCAAGCUGGCAGAGAACGACUAGUGUUUCUGACAAAGAUGAUAACAUCAGUAAUCACAGUAAUCCCUUGGAACAUCGCCAAAAUAACUGGGACUUUUCUGACUGGAAGCCAAGGGCUCCCAUUGAUAAUACUAAGCGCAGAAAGAAAGGCAAUCCUGAGCGAGAGAGGGAGCAGUCAUUGUGUCUCGACUCACCACCCCCCUCUGAACAAAUUCGUCACACACCUUCUACUUACCCUCGCACCCGAAUAACCCCAUCUACACCAACCUCUCAAAGGGUAGCUCUUGAAAAUCUUCGCCAACAAUUAACUUUCAGUGAUAUUGAUGAUCAGGUGAGCAAUGAUGGAGAAAAGAAUAAUGAGAGAAACAUGCCAUCAAGAAGGAUCAACAUCCCAAAUUUUAUGCGUCAGGAUGUGUCACGCUCCAGUGAGGAGCUUGCAGUUCCUAGGGAAACUGAGUCUCGCAGGUCACGUAGUGUGUACACAAACAGUACCCGUGAUGAAAGGCCUUCAUUAGAUGGGUCGGAUGGAGGGCAGAUUGUUGGGAGACUGAUGCAGAUUCGUGAUUACAUUAAGCAAGCCAAGUCCAUGAUGGAUGCCCUGAACAAAUCAGGUUCUCAGACAAAUGGAGAGGAUGUUGGAAAAUUGAAAAAGCUUUUGGAAAACUUGCAAGAACAAGAAAAGGCAUAUUUAUCACUGCUUCAGCAACUCUUGUCAGUAAAAGAGGACAUGGGUUCUUUCGUGGACUCCGUGAACCAACGAGACCAGACUCCCCGGCCCGAGUCUGCAGAAGAUGUUCAGUCUGUUGAUCUUGACGUCCAAUCUGAGACAUCAGAAGCAACCACUGCCAACACAGAAGAUGUUUUGUAUAAUCAGCUGAACCAGGGUAGAUCUCGGCCUCGAAUCGAGGACAAACUGGGAAUGUUUGACGAUGAGGAGGAGGAGGAGGAGGAGGAAGAGCAGGAUGAGGGGACUUCGAUGGUGUCUGACAUGGAAAACACCAUGGUCCAGAACACUGAUAAUUCCUCCAGACAGGAGCUAGAGUGGGAGGAGCCUAAUUUUGCGGAUCUGGAGGAGAUUGCAGCAGGAGGUGAUUUGGAAGGUAUUCAGGCACUAUUAUUACAGGAGAGACUAUUGAAAAAGUUAAAGGAUCAACAGGAGCAGAUGAGAGCUCUGAAGGGCAGACAAGCUGCAUUACUUGCCAUACAGAGAGAUGCUGAGGAAAAAUUAGCAGAGGCUCGCAACUGGGGAAAUCAAGCUUCAAAAGGAGCUCAAAAUAUCCCUGUAGAAAUACCGGUGGAAGUACAAAACCCUGGCAGGCACGAAUCAUCUACUGACCGCAGUUCUAGAAGAAAUUACGUACGAAAUGAAUUCAAGGAACAAAAUACAGACAUGGUGGAGAGACAGAGUAAUCCUGAAGUAGAGGCAGCUGCAGCAGCAGCCAGUGGUGCCCUGGAGGACAACAAACAGCAGUUACAGGGCAAGCUCAGAGAACUGCAGGAGAAAAAGCUGAAAAUGGACUCACUCCUACAGGAACUUAGCUCUCUACGCAAUGAGAGGAGUGAUGUUAUUACUCAGCUCAACAAUGCCUCUGUAAAUGCACCACGAGGAGCUGAAAGCUUGCCACCACCAAGUGCAUCAUCCUUUACUGGUCAUCAAAGUGCAGGAAUAUCAACUGUGGCAGAAGCAGAUCAAACAGCUGUCGAGGCAGAGGAAUUACAGAAUAUUCUGGAGGCCAGGGAAAAACUCCAUAAACUUCAAGAAGUGAAGGAGAGAUUAAAUGAGCUUCGUUCACUGGUUCAGUAUUACCAGACCACUACUGCUGCCGGGGAGGUACCAGCUGUGGAUGAGAGAACAGCAUUCCAAAGCAUGAUAGAGGGAUAUGGGCAGGGAAUACCGGCACAGAACAUUGUGCAACAGUCACAAACUUCUGGUGGAGUAGAACCACAAGCAAGCACUGUAUCCAAGUCUGAUGAAGAUAAUCGCUCUCAGUCAGAUAGUUCUGAGGUGGAAUCCAACCUCUCCAGCCUGGGACCGUGGGGAGAUGACCCAGAAAUACAGGAGAAAGUCCGGAAAUUGAAAGCUGCAAAGGAGAAACUGAAGCAGCUUCAGGGCAUCGUAUCCUUGGUGCAGCACACUCCAGAUGCAGCUGAAGCUAUUCCAGACAGUAUCACAGAGCUGGCUGCUACACUUGAAGAAGCACAGUCACAGUUCACUGACCAGGAGGAUAAAAAUGAUCAAAGUGAGGGUGAAGUGCCAAAUGGAGCAGAAAGAGAUUCGUUCUAUGAAGCAAAAAUGCAGGAACAGCUUCAUGAACUGGAACAGCUGAGAGAUGAAAGACAAAAGCUCCUGGCCAUUCAGCAGGAGUUACAGUCCCUGCAUGAUAGAUUCACAGUGGAGAGAGAGGAGGCUCCUGAGGAAGAUGACACUGAGGUGAAAACAGACAAAUCCAGAAAGGCAGAGGAUACUGUGGUUACCACAACAGCUCCAGAUGAAGAAGUCAGCAGUGAACGAACUCGUACCAGUGUUCCAGUAGUGACAUUUUCCUCUAAUGACGAAGUAUAUGGUAAGAUGAGAAAGCAGAGAAUGCUAAGAGAGGAGUUGAGACAGAAGAAGCGGGAGCUAGAGGCAAUUAUGAAGAAAGACGGUAGUCGUAAGCAGUAUGGCAAGAACCAAGACAGUCAGAGCGAUACAGUAUCAUUAACCACAGAUGCAUUUGGAGUGAGUGCCAGUGCUGAUGCCACAAUGGCUACUUGGGGAGGUUCCACCGUAGACAAUCUUGAGAGUAUUACAGAGGACGAUGACAGACAACAGGGACCCAACAUGGAGGAUGAGGAUGAUGGUUUCCCAAGUGAUGGUAUUGUGCAAGUGGAAGAAGAAGAGGAAGAGAAUGAUUCCGACAACAACACAUACACUAUAGAGAAUGAUGUCAGACAGAGAAGACAGGCUAGGGAGCAGCAGAGAAAGAAAAUCAAAUCGAAACAACAGACCUUCCCCAGGUCCAAGGAAGCAAAAGGUGCAAGACCAAAGUCGUAUCGUGGGAGCAGAAUCAAGCAGGAGAAUUACACUGCUCCUGAGGACAUCAUACAGGAUGAUGAAGACAAUGCCCCAUCCAUGUCCUCUCCAGGGGGAGGGUACGAAAAUCUUCAGCAGCAGCUGGAGAGAACUGCAAAUCUCUGUCAGAAUCUGCUGACCAAUCAAAGCACCAGUAUGAUGCAGCCCAACCUUACUACAGCAGGCCUUGGACCACGAUACCCUGAUCCCAAUGCCUUACAACAACAGUUACAACAGCAGCAGUUGAUGCUAACUCUGAACCAGUGUCUACAGCAGAUUACCAUGCAGCAGUUGGAAAUGCAGAACAUGCAGCGACAGAUGCAGAGUCUGUCUCUUCUGUUUGAGCCCCCGGAACUAGACCCCCGAUUACCUGCACUACAGGCACCAUUAGAGGAACUGUCUAGAUCCAGAUCUCAGACAUCGCUACCAUCUGGACUAGACUCUAGGGGUCUAACUCCAAAUGCUUCAGGAGGAUUUCAUUUUCAGCCUAGGUUGUCAGCAAGAUCAUUUCGGAACAGGAGUAAUGAGAAUUUAUUGUUGAAUGAGGCAGCUGGAGGAGAGGAUCUGACGGAGGUGUUUGCAUCAGAAAGACCAGACGCUGUCGAGCAGAACAAUGUGGAACAGCACAGGAGAGGCAUACGCAGCAAAAGCAGUUCUGUAGGACAGUACAGUGCAGAGAGAAGCUUGAAGCGUAAAACCUCCAGCAUGUCUGAUCGCAACAGAAGACAGACUUCCCAGGCACAACAAACCAGUAUUUCUGAAAAUCCAGAUGUAGAACCACCCCUCAACUUACAAGAAAUACUCAGGAGAAAGAAAACUCAGGGCCAGAAAACCCAAAGUGAAUGGUCUACAAUGUCGCUUGCUUCAAGUAAACAUGAAUCUGGUAUGGAUGGAAAUCCAGAUCUGAGAACCAGGGGCCAGAGGAGUUAUGGUGCCAUCGAUAGGGAAUAUCGCCCAGGUCUGAGUGCGGGAAUUAGUGGGGCAGGAUUCCAGUUGGAGAACAGCAGUAUUGCCAGCACUGUAUCAAAUAGAUUUCAGGCCGAAGCAAGAGCAUUAGAAAGUCAGGGUCUAGAUAGCAGAUUUUCUACAGAGCAGACUGACUUUUCUUUGUUUGAGACACUGAGGGAAUCGAUCUACUCGGAGGUAGCUACCUUGAUUUCUCAGAAUGAGAACAGACCCCACUUCCUGAUAGAGCUGUUUAGGGAACUCCAGGUUUUAACUACAGACUACCUACGUCAGCGAGUUCUCUAUAGCAUCAGAGAUAUUGUAUCCAAACACCUGACGGAGCAAGCCAGUGCAAAUAAUUCUGUUCUGGAAGCACCACCCCCUGCUUGGAUGAAUGCCACCUCUUUGUACAAUUACACUGCCUCUGAACUCACUCCCAGUGAGAGCUUGAUGACUGAUGAAGAUGAGGAUAUUGAGGUGAUUGAGAGGGGCCCUUUUUUGCAUGAUGGCCAUUGUUAUCAACAGGUGAGGGCAAGAAAUGUUCCAACCUUCAGAACUGGUCAGUCUGCUUUAGCUAGGGGACAAUCCAUUCAGAACAAUCCAUUUGAUUAUGAGGAGAAUGCAGACAAUGACAGUUCUCUGUCCACCCCCUCGAACAGUUACUGGGAUAGUCCAUUUGCCCAGGAUUCCCUUGGGGACACUGUCAUACACUUAGACAAGGCACUGAAGAGAAUGAAGGAAUAUGACAAGAAAAUUGCUGAAGGUGAGGCCAAGGCUCGAGCCCUGACCCAGCAGCGUGAACUUCGGGAGCAGGCCUUUGGGGGAGAAGAACCCACCAGUAGUUCAGCUGUGGACCAGGGCAGUGAAAGCUCAUUCUCCUCCAUGUCUUAUCCAAAGAUUGACACACAGCAAUUAGACCAACAGAUCAAAGGUAUCAUGAAGGAGGUGAUUCCCGUCAUUAAGGAGAACAUGGAUAGUGUGUGUUCCACCCAGCUUCUGGCCUACAUCAAACGACUGGUUCUGUCCCUUGCCAGGCAAGGGGAGGCCACUCAGUACUCCAGAUUCUUCAGCAGUCAGAUGUCCUCAACCCUUCAAGAUACCUUGGCCAAAUAUGAGGGCAGGAAGAUGAGGCAAUGUGGAGAGGACCUGUUAGUGGACAUGUCAGAAGCUCUAUUUAAUGAGCUGGCUUUCUUUAAACUGAUGGAGGGACUGGGAGAACCUGCUUCUUUUUCUGCUGAUGAAUACUGCUCUACGGCUACACAGACUCCUGGGUUUCAUGAUGAAACGGAGAUGAACCACUUGAUGAAGACAGAUGAAUCAGACACCACAGAGACAGUAACAGAUGAAGAUGAGGAAACCCUCAACUCCUCUGUCCGGGUCAAUGAUAAAGAGGAGGAGGAGGACCUCGGAAAGGCAAGAGAUGAUGAGUUAGCUAAUGAAGUCCGUAUCCAGGAUUCCGAGGAGAAGGAUGAAGACACUGAAUCUCCAUACAAAACCUCUCCUGUACAGAUAGAGUUGGCACCCAGUGAGACCAAACCUUUCACCAGGAUUGGGAGUGAUGAAGACGAUGAGGAUGCUGAUGAGUCUCAGAGUGCUGAUGAUCCCUCUGACACAGCCGUGUCGCAUCUCAUGGAAUGUUCCAUGGAACAGGAUGGAACGGUGGAACCAGAGGAGGAUUAUGUUCCGGACUAUAACGACGAUGAUCAGGGAGCACGCAGUGAAACUACAACUCCACAAAGAGACGCACCUACCCCUGUAAAGGACACACUUACCCCAGUAAAGGACACACUUACCCCAGUAAAGGACACACCCACCAAAGAAAUUCCUAGCAAGAAAGCAGCUGAAAAUAUGCAGAUCAAUGGACAUAUGGAAGAAGAAAUUGAAAAUGAGAUUACAGAGGAUGAUUUACCCACAGGGAAUCUAAAUAUCUCAAAAGAACAAAUAGAGAACAAUAUGAAUGAAGAGCAACAGAGCAAUGGGGAUAUUAAUGCUAUCCUGUCCACCAUGAAUGGGAAGGAGGAGUUAGCUGGUGAUGGACAGUUCCUGAAGGAACCUCCUACAGCUUAAUGUAUUCUCAACCAAUGAUAUGGUCACAGUUCAACAAAUGAAGGAGUAAUCCAAAGAACCGUUUUUGAUUGUGUAAAGACUGUUCUAAUUAAUUAUUUAAAUGUACGAAUAUGUAAUACAUUGUACACACUGUGUUGGUUUUUUCUACAAAUGUGAAUUUGUUAAUUUGCAUCACAUUAGGUAGUUCAUUAUUCGGAAUCACUGCAUAAACAUUUGGUUUCACAUACACAGGCACAGGAAAUUUUGUUGGCUAGGAAAAUAUGAUUUUAGUGAUUCUUGAGUAUGACCACAAUUGCCAAGUGAGAUAAUGGGAAUACAUUAUUCUAAUGUUCAUAGUGUGUGAAAGAAAAAACAUCUAUACAAAUUCAAGAAUUAUAUAUAUAUACUAUACUUCGAGUCUUUAAGAUAUAAUUCUUGACAGAGAUUUAACUCAUGUUAGAGGUAAGUUAAAGGUAUAGAUAUUCUGCCUGCUCUUAGAUUUUGAAGGAUCUGGGAAUCUAAGGAUUUAUUUUUCUUGCUUAGAUGGGACCAAGAAAUAAUGUUGAAUUUUUUUGAGUUUGGAAUGCUAAUAUCUUAAUGAGCACUAAUACAUUAAAUUAGUAUUUGACAUGAACAGUAUUUCAUAAAUAUUUUGAACAUUUGAGAAUGAAAUACAUGUACAUAUGACAUUAAAGAUUUUUACCAAAUGAUGCAUCAAAAUAUUUAUGUUUGUUGAGGUGGUUGUACACUACUGAUCUGCCAUUUAAACUAAAUUCAAUAUGUGAUACUUGUGCAUAGCCUAUGCAUUAGAUGUAGAAUCUCAAACAGUGUCAAAACAUAUACUUAAUUUUUUUUUUCCAUAUCUGAAAAACACAUUCCAUGAUUUUUGUUGUGAUAUUACAUCAGGCACAUCAGCUUAUCAUCCGUCCAACACAUCCCUGAUUUUUAGAAUAAACUUUUAUGAAAUUUCAAUCAGAAGUUGCUGUUCUACACUGUGUAAAGUUUAUCUUGUUCAUUCGCCAUUAUUAUUGUACAUAUUUCUUUGUGUGGUUUUGUUAGAAAUUGUGCUGAGAUAUACAGUUGUCUAUAGCCAUUUAAUAAAAUUUGUCGGAGAAAAGUU